GGGGCAGGACUGGGCACACACGGGGAGGGUGUGGGCAUCUAGGGUCCUGCCACUGCUCCCUUCACCAGAGCCUGGCCGGCAUUACAGCUCCAUUUAUAGGUGGGGACACUGAGGUGACAGUCUUAGCUAGUCUGGUGUCAGCAACCAGCAGGUUCUAGAUCAUGAUUCUCUGAGCCCUUCUUCUUAUCUGUGAAGUCAGACUCUGGCCUGACUGCAGCGGGCUGCAAGUAUACAAUAGGGUAUUUGCAGCACAUCUACAAGUGUAAGUCCCGUACUUUUAGAGGCUGAAGCCAAGGCCUAGUUACCAAGACCUGAGGCCAAGCAGCCUUUGGAGAGCAGCUGUAUGUGUGUGUAUGGAGGGCCCUACAGCCUGCAUGGACAUCUCUGAGCAUAAGUUCGGGAAUCCCGCCCAGAGGCUGCAAAUACAGAAGUACCGAAACUGGUAGAUGCCACCUGAAUAUCAACUGACUCAAAAAAAAAAAAAAAAUCUUAUAAGGGAAAAAAUUUUACAUUAAAUGAAGUGCCUUCUUGGAAAAAAAAACCAAAAAACUAAAUUAUAUGAAAUUGAGGCAGUCACAGGAAAUCCAGAAUGUCUUCCUUGUAGAACAAAUACAGGGAUAUUAGACAACAGCUGUGCUUCCAGGGACCCUCUGCUCAGCUGCCUCCCCACCUUAGGAGCUGCAGGACAAGUGGGUGGGGCCUGAGGUCAAGGCUCAAGUGCCCCUAGUGGCUGCUGCGUCCAUGGAGGGCCAGCCCAGGCCAAGGGCCAAGUAGACUCAGGGUUUGAACCCUGGCUCGGUUACUUAGAAGUGUGAUCCUGACCCUCAGGAUCACCAUUAAAUAGGAGCCAAGUACCCCACCACAUAAGAUUGUUGUAAAGAUUAAAUGAGAAACACCAGGCCCAUAAGAAAUACUCCAUAAAUGGGAAACUAAUCUCUAUAUGACCCUGGGCCCCAGAACUUGCUGCCUCUGUUGUCCUCAGUAUUUCCAGGCAGGUAACUUUCUGCCAGCGGACUUGCCAGGUAGAAGGGCUGCCAUGAUCUGAGGCCCCUGGCUUGGCGGCUGCAGUGGAAGAGGGCUCUCUAGAGGCCAAGCUAGGCAGAAUCUUGGGCCCUGACUGGAUCCCACAUCUGGGUGCAAAGCCUUACACCCAAAUUCCUCUCUGCUGGCCAUGUCCAUCUCUGGGUAGGGAGACACUGAGUUGGCUAGAACAUUACCUGGCUUUAAAUAGGAAAAGAAUUUCUUCUUCCUGGAGGGUGUGGGAGGCCCCCUGGUGCCAAGACUGCUCAACAGAGGCAAGGUGGGGAAGAGGCAAUGUCCUUUUGGAUCAUUGUUUUGGGGUGCUUGAAAACAUUUGAGGCACUGCAUAACUUUUAUAUUCAUAGCACUUUGUAUAUCCUGAGCAUUUAGUGUUCUUGUGAGAUGUUGCUGUUUCUAUGUGGUGGACUUUCAUCUGUUUGGAAACUCUUUAAGGACUUUUUAGCAUCAUCAACCAAGCAACUCUCUUCAAAAUAGAAUUGUAUAUAGAUGUGGUUCAUUCAUACCACAGAGCACAACAUUGUCACAAGAAAGGGUGAAAUGCAACCAUUUUCACAAAAUGGGGGGUGUUUGAUAAAAUCACAUUCAGCAAAGCGAAUCAGAACAAUAAAAGCAAGUGUUGGACAUUCAUUUAGCACCCAAUUCAACAACACUUUGAGAAAAACCACUGGACAUGGAGAAAUGCCCCCCGGGCUCUGAGGCUAAGCAGAAGAAGGGAGAGGAAGGGACAAGGGAACAGAGGGAACGGUGGUGGCGCACAAGAAGGAAUGGUUUUUUAAAAACACCUUCAAGAAAAAACAUGAGUUCUGUGAGAGUUGUCCCAAAUCCCAAAUCUUGAGAGAGAAAAAAAUACACGCGCUAAGAAAGCCAUGACAAGGAGUAGUUUCCACAGCAAGUCUGGAGAAAGGAACGACUCACACUUCAGUGAAAACAUUUUUUUUUUUAUGGUUAGUAUAUUUUAUUUUAUAUAAUUCUUACAUCAUUUUUCAUUUUUGCACAAUGUAUGCAUUUUCAUUUUGGUUAUAUUCCCCAUACAAUUCCCACUCUCCCUUUUUUGACCCUAAUCCCUCCUCUCCUCCCCCCUCCCCUACCGUAGUGUGUCUCUGGUUUACAGUUGCUUGAUGAUUUUGACUUUUACUUUAUUAUAAUUAGUCUUUUUCCUGGUCCCUUAUUUAGGUUUUCUAAGUUCCUGCUGUGAGUGAGACCAUCUGCUCUUCGACCGCGAGCUGUGCCGGCAGCAGCUGCGCUACUCCGGCAUGAUGGAGACGGUGCGCAUCCGCCAGUCGGGCUUCCCGGUGCGCUACACCUUCGAGGAGUUCUCGCACCGCUUCGGCUUCCUGCUGCCCGGCGUCCAGCGCAGGCAGCUGCGGGACAAGUUCCGCCAGAUGAGCCUGCGCAUCGCUGAAAUGUGGCUGAAGACAGACAAAAACUGGAAAAUGGGAAAGACUAAAAUUUUCCUGAAGGACAACGAGGACACGCUGCUGGAGAUUCAGAGGAGCCAGGCCCUGGACCAGGCAGCCAUCAACAUCCAGAGAGUCCUGAGGGGCUACAAAUACAGGAAGGACUACCUGAGGCAGAGGCAGGCAGCCCUGGCCCUCCAGGCCUGGUGGAGAGGCUACUACCACAGGCGGAACUUCAAGAUGAUCCUCUUAGGUUUUCAGCGUCUUCAGGCCAUUGCCCGGAGUCACCUGCUGGCCAAGCAGUACCAGGUCAUGCGGCAGAAAAUGGUUCACCUGCAGGCCCUGUGCAGGGGCUACCUGGUGCGCCAACAAGUUCAGGCCAAAAGGAGGGCACUGGUGGUGAUCCAAGCACACACCAGGGGCAUGGCUGCCCGGCAGAACUUCCAGCGGCAGAAAGCUAAUGGGCCACUGGUCAUCUCAGCCAAGGAGCCAAAAAGCCAAAGUUCCCCACCCAGAAAGCGCAAAUCAAUCUACGACACCAUCAACGACACGGAGAUGGUGGAGAAAGUGUUCGGCUUCCUCCCUUCCAUGAUGGGUGGGCAGGAGGGCCAGACCUCACCACCGACCUUCAAGGAUCUAGAAGCAAAAACCUUGAAGCUGCCCGAGGUUGACCUGGACACGGUCCCCAUGAUGGAAGAAUUUGAGAGCCUGGAGGAGGAUGUAGAUGGUCUGGCUGAGUACACCUUCCCCAAGUUUGCUGCCACCUACUUCCAGAAGUCGGCCAGCCACACACACAUCCGGCAGCCCCUGCGCUAUCCGCUGCUCUACCAUGAGAACGACGAUGACUGCUCGGCUGCCCUAGCCGUGUGGACCGUCAUCCUGAGGUUCAUGGGAGACCUUCCAGAGCCAGUACUCUUUGCCAAAAACAACCUGCACAGCAGCUCCAAGACCCGGCAGAUCCACAAUGCCGUGGGCCAGGACAGGGGUGCCCAGCCUCAGAAGCACAGUGGAUCUGCACAGAGGUCCAGCCACAGAGGGACCAAGUCCAUCUCCUCCAUGAAGCUGAAGCGGUCCUCCCGGAUCACGGGCCAGGUGACCAGCCAGCUGAAUAUUGGCGAGGAGGCGUUUGAGUCAGAUGGUCCCAUUGCAGACCGGCCCAUGUCCAACCUGGAGAAGCUGCACUUCAUUGUGGGCUACGCCAUCCUGCGACCCAGCCUCAGGGAUGAGAUUUACUGCCAGAUCUGCAAGCAGCUCUCGGAGAACUUCAAACAGAGCAGCCUGGCCCGUGGCUGGAUCCUGCUCAGCCUCUGCCUGGGCUGCUUCCCGCCAUCAGAGAGAUUCAUGAAGUACCUGCUGAACUUCAUUGAUCAAGGGCCAGCUGCCUAUGGCCCCUUCUGUGCUGAGCGUCUGAGACGCACCUGUACCAACGGGGUGCGCACAGAGCCCCCCACCUGGCCAGAGUUGCAGGCUGUCAAGUCCAAGAAGCACAUCCCAAUCCAUGUCUUCUUGCUCACUGGAGAGACCCUGACCAUCAUGGUGGACUCUGCCUCUACGUCUCGGGAAGUCUGCCUGCAGAUUGCCCGCAAGCAGGGCCUCAGAGACUACCUGGGCUUUUCCCUCCAGGUUACCGUGUAUAACAAGUUCUGGUCCCUGGGCAAUGGGCGUGACCACGUGAUGGACGCCAUAGCCCAGUGCGAGCAGCUGACCCGGGAGAGGAGCGAGAAUGAGCGCCAGUCACCCUGGCGUAUGUACUUCCGGAAGGAGUUCUUCACGCCCUGGCAUGACUCCCAGGAGGACCCCAUCAGCACUAACCUCAUUUACCGCCAAGUCAUCCACGGCGUCUGGUCUGGCGAGUAUAGCUUCAAGAAGGAGGAAGAGCUGGUAGAGCUGCUGGCCCGGCACUGUUAUGUGCAGCUCGGCGCCUCAGCAGGGAGCCAAGCUGUCCUGGAGCUGCUGCCCAGCUGCAUCCCCGCUAAGCUGCACAGGACCAAGACCCCAGAAAAGUGGGCUAGCCUCGUCACUGCCGCCCACGCACAGGCAUCGUACACCCGGAGUCGGGCGACGCCCCAGACUGUGCAGGAGCAGGUGGUGGAUGCUGCCCGCCUGCAGUGGCCGCUGCUCUUCUCCCAGCUCUUCGAAGUCACCACACUCUCUGGCCCCCGACUGCCCAAAACUCAGCUGGUCUUGGCUGUUAACUGGAAGGGGCUGUACUUCUUGGACCAGAAGGAGAAGUUGCUUCUAGAACUGUCUUUCAUGGAGGUCAUGAGCCUGGUCACCAACAGGGAGGCCCGUGGCGGACAGAGACUGGUGCUGUCCACUCUGCAUGAAGAGGAGUAUGAGUUCGCAUCCCCCAGCAGCGUGGCCAUCGCCGAGCUGGUGGCCUUGUUUCUGGAGGGCUUGAAGGAAAGGUCCAUGUUCGCCAUGGCCCUGCAGGACCAGAAGGCCACAGAUGACCCCAGCUUCCUCACCUUCAAGAAGGGGGACUUGCUGAUCCUGACAAAGAAGAACGAGACGCCAGCCUCUGAGACAUGGGUCCUGGGCCAGAACGACAGGACGGGCAAGAAGGGGCUGGUGCCUGUGGCCUGCCUCUAUUCCAUCCCUACGGUCACCAAGCCCUCGGCGCAGCUGCUGAACUUGCUGGCCAUGUCACCAGAGAAGCGGAAGCUGGCGGCCCAGGAGGUACGGCCUGCAGAGCCAGUGCCUGAGGAGGAGCCCAAGGAGGCGCCACACACCCUGGAGGAAUUCUCUUAUGAGCAUUUCAGGACCCCAGAGAAGGAGACCAUCAGCCGAGCCAUGCCCCUGGCCAGGACUCGGGGCCACCUGUGGGCCCACUGCUCCGAGCCCCUGCGGCAGCCUCUGCUCAAGCGUGUCCACGCCAAUGCUGAGCUGCAGGACGUGGCCUGCCAGAUCUUCAUCGCCAUCCUCAGGUACAUGGGUGACUACCCAUCUCGGCAGGCCUGGACCUCCCUGGAGCUCACCGACCAGAUCUUCACCUUGGCCCUCCAGGACACAGCCCUGCAGGACGAGGUCUACUGCCAGAUCCUGAAGCAGCUGACAAACAAUACCAAGAGGUACAGUGAAGAGAGGGGCUGGCAACUGCUGUGGCUCUGCACGGGCCUCUUCGCACCCAGCAAGGCACUGCUGCCCCAUGCCCAGAAAUUCAUAGACACUCGGAGGAAGAAGCUGCUGGCCUCCGACUGUGGCCGCCGGAUCCAGAGGGUCCUGAGGACGGGGCCCCGCAAGCAGCCCCCACACCAGGUGGAGGUGGAGGCCACAGAGCAGAAGGUCUCCCGCAUCUGCCACAAGAUCUACCUCCCUAAUGACACCAGUGAGAUGGUGGAGGUGGGUAGCAACACCCGGGUGCGGGACGUGUGCGAGAGCAUCAGCGCCCGGCUGCAGCUGGCCUCCUGGGAAGGCUGCAGCCUCUUCAUCAAGAUCGCAGACAAGGUCAUCAGCCAGAAGGAGGGAGACUUCUUCUUCGACUCCUUGCGGGAGGUAGCUGACUGGGUGAAGAAGAGCAAACCCCAGAAAGAAGGGGCCCCCGUGCUGCUUCCCUAUCAGGUGUACUUCAUGCGGAAGCUGUGGCUUGCUGUGACCCCAGGGAAGGAUGUGAAAGCAGACACUGUACUCCAUUACCACCAGGAGCUGCCCAAGUACCUGCGUGGGUUCCACAAGUGCUCACGGGAGGAUGCUGUCCACCUGGCAGGCCUCAUCUACAAGGCCCAGUUUAACAAUGACCAGUCCCACCUGGCUAGUAUCCCCAAGAUCCUGAGGGAACUGGUGCCUGAGAACCUCACACGCCUGAUGUCUUCAGAAGAAUGGAAAAAGAGCAUCCUUCUGGCCUUUGACAAGCAUAAAGACAAGACAGUGGAGGAGGCCAAAGUGGCCUUCCUGAAGAGGAUCUGCCGGUGGCCCACCUUUGGGUCAGCCUUCUUCGAGGUGAAGCAAACCUCAGAGCCCUCCUAUCCGGAUAUCAUCCUCAUCGCCAUCAACCGACAAGGGGUUCUGCUUAUCCACCCGAAGACAAAGGAGCAGCUCACUUCCUACCCCUUCACCAAGAUUGCCAACUGGAGCAGCGGCAGCACCUACUUCCACAUGGUGCUGGGGAGCCUGGGCCGAGGCGGUCGUUUGCUGUGUGAGACCUCUCUGGGCUACAAAAUGGAUGACCUGAUGACCUCCUACGUGCAACACCUCCUGAAUACCAUGAACAAGCAGCGGGGCUCUCGGGCACUAGCUGAUCCUUAGCAGGGGAGCCCACGUUUCUGCCGUCAGGAGUGGGGAUCCUAGAGGGACUUCCCAAGGGCCCUGCCCGUCCGGGGCCUGCCCCCUGCAGGCCAUCUUUCACAGUCCCUCUUCCCAAACACAGCCCAUGCCCCUCAGCCCCCCAGCUGGGCCCCUCUCUCAGGGACUGAGCCCGGAGGCCAAAGGAGGGAGCCCAGGGCAAGGCUGGGCGGUCGGGCCUGCAGGCCCACGCCUGAGUGGCUCAAGAGAUGUUCAAUAAAAGCCCAUGGAGCACCGGGAGGUGUACCAGUGAGAGGACAUGGUGGGGCUCAGGUGGCCGAGGCCAUGGAGGCAGAGGCCGGCAAGAGAAGGAUCUCUUCCAGGAGGAGCAAAACGCAUGUGACCCUGCAGGACACCAGGAUGACAGCUCCACUUGCAGGAAAUGCUUCCAUUCAUUCCUCUUGUCUCAUUUCCUCUCCGCCUCCCUUCUUGUUUCUCAGACUGGAGAGUUUUCCUACUUAAGCCCCACCAGCCUCUCCUCCUUGUCUGCAGGCCCUGCCGGCGGGCUGGUGGAGGUGCAGGCCAAGCUGCCUGCUCUCAGCCACUGGUUCCACCCAACGGCCAGCCUCUCCCAGCUAGGAGCAGGCUUGGGUUUGCCCUGCCAUGCUGACAGGCCCUGGGGAGCCUGCCCCUGCCCUCAGCCCAGGGCCAGCCCUUGUGGACUAUGGGUUUCUAGCUGGUCUUAUCUCCUCUGAUGGCAGAGGGGCUGGGAACAGGCCCCACCUGACAAGUCCUGCCUGCCCUGAUCCUUAAUGUCCGGCAGCCCCCACAUCCGUGUCUACAGGGCGCUCCCCACCACCCUCCGCACCACAAACCACGCAGCCUGUGUGACAGUGUUAGUAAGCCUUCAUUCACUGUGCAUCCCGGCGGCAGGUCUCGCGUGGCCAGGAAGGAAGACUCCUUCCUGGAGGAAAGAAAUGAGCCACCUACCCGUCCUCCCUGCUCCUGGCUGCCCCCCAAAACUCAGUGUGUGCCCUGAGGGGGCUGUGGGGGGUCACAGAGAGACUUGGGGGAGCCAUAGCAUUCCCAAGCCCAGGGUGGAACUGCCAAGGCAGGAUAUCAGGAAGGAACCCUAAGUGCUGGGGGAGUAGGGUUUGUGUAUGUCUGCAAAUUUGUGGGGUGCAAUGGUAGGACUUGCUGCCCAGCAUGGGCACAGGGAUCCUCCUUAGAUGAGCGAGCCUGUGGCCAAGAGAUGGCAUUCCUGUGGCCAAGGAAUGGCCCUGGGCCAUUCCCAGGGCACCUGGUCCUGGGGCUGGGGCAGCGGCUGACUAGGGCUGCCCGGAGGCUCUGUGCACACCGUGGGGUCGCUGGUCAAGCUCUCACAGUAGGCCCCUGCGGUGCUGGGACAGCUGGAAUGGGCAAGGCUUGGAGCUGCAGCCCACCUUUGGGGCCAGGUGACACCAGGUCCCAAUUUGCUCCUGUCCCUGCAGGACUUCGGACACUGGCCCCUUACACACUCACAAGCUCCAGUGCCCCUCAGUCCUGCUCACCACGCAGAAGAGAGGAGGCGGGCGGGGGAA